AUGUCCUCCCUACCAGCCAGAAAGCCCAUCGAUAGCAAAUGCUCCUCUGGGCCUACCUACUACCCCCCAAGUACAGGACUCGUCUCUUACCUUCCCUCCUCCUUUGUCCCAUAUGCAGAGUUGAUGCGCCUCGACCGGCCAGCUGGUAUCUACCUUUUCUUCGUCCCCCAUCUUCUCGGAACGCUCUAUGCUGCCGCGCUCUCCCCCAAUGAUAUCCGGGUCCAGUCUCUACUCCAAACCCUCCUCAUCCUCUAUGCCGGAACAGUUUUCAUGCGUGGAGCCGCCUGCUCCUGGAACGACAAUCUCGACCAGGAAUACGACCGGCAAGUGUACCGCUGCAAGACGCGGCCCAUCGCGCGAGGAGCGGUGAGCACGGUUAAGGGGCACAUAUUCACGGCAUUCUUAACCGCCAUUGCGGCAGGAUUCCUGAUGCUCCUGCCGCGGACUGUCAUCCCCUAUGCCAUCCCGAGCAUAUUUCUGCUCUGGUUGUAUCCCUUCACCAAACGCUUUACCGACUAUCCCCAAAUCAUCCUCGGGCUACAAAUGUCCCUGGGGGUUUUUGUAGGUAUUGUAGCCACAGGGGUAGAUCCGAUGGAGCAGCCUCUGCCUAAGCAAAUCUCUAUGAUCGCGCUAUAUGGCGCGUUGGUUACGUGGACGGUCAUCUACGACACUAUCUAUGCGUGCCAGGAUAGCAAGGACGAUGCCAAAGCGGGCGUCAAGUCUAUGGCAGUGAGGUUCCUGCCCUGGAUGCGUCCGAUGCUUUGGGGGUGUGCCGCCGUAAUGGUAUCCUUGCUUGUUACUUGCGGGAUCGAGGCGGGGUUCAGUGAGGGCUAUUAUCUGUUCAUGGGAUGUGGUGGUGUCACGCUCAGCUUGACAGCUAUGAUUGGGACAGUGAAUCUGGACGAUCCAGCCAGUUGCUUGUGGUGGUUCAAGAAUACUUACUGGCAGGUUGCCACGCCUCUGUCGCUGGGCUUUUUGGCGGAGUAUGCGGCGUGA